CUAUCUGGAUCACUGACUCGCUGUUUUAGCUGUUCAUCCUGGGAUUCUCUCGGUGUCCCGGGUUCGUGUAAUUGCGAAGAGGGUAUUUAAAAUGUCUUCUUGGGUAAAAGUAACCAAAGGCCGGCCUCAGAAGCCUGCAGCUGGAAAAAGGCCAAAACCAAGUUGGAUUCCACGUCUUUUAGAUAUUAACCCUUACAAAACCAACCAGAAAAAUACAUUCUCUGAUAACUACUCAAGAGAUCUGGAAGAACAUAACAGCUUUGAAGAACUGUUUGGGCAGCAGUAUCAUCAUCUUGCUGGGACUGAGGAUUACUGUGAACGAUAUCAAUAUUCCCAGAAAGAUGCGAACUUCAACUCAGAUGACCGCAGAGAAAAACUGUACCUUCAGUUCUACCAGCAGAUCCAGAAUGAAUACCACAAGGAGAGACCUUCAGACUGUGUGAUUGUGGCAAUCAGCAAGGAACAAAUGGAGUACGCUACUACCAUAGGCCACCGAUUACAGGAUCAUGGCCUUGUGGUGGAAAUGAUUUACUUGACAUCAGAGUCUGGUCUCACUCGCGCCCUACAAGAGGUUAAAAACGACGGGUCUGCGUUUUGCAUUCUAGUCGAGCAGUCAAAUGUAGCUCUGUCCUCUUGCACAGCUAUCAUUCUUCACGAUUCUGUCAAAAGUGACAUGUUGCCAAAUAGAGGUUGUCGUGUAAAUAGAACAAAUCUGUCAGAAAAUCUAGUACACCGUAAUAUGCCCAUUGAGGAUGCUCUGGGAAUGAUGGUUAAGUCAUUCGGGAAAAUAUAUGGCGAGCGGGAACAGAAGGAGCGUAGUGAAAUUUCACACAAAGCAGCUGAUCUGGCAGAUGACUACCUGGAAAGAGAGCUCUAUGAGUCUUAUAAUAUCCCUCUGAACGUUAGACACCUACUAUUUCUCCUGAGCGAUGGCAAAUAUUUAUAUUCGGAAGAGUUGAAGGCAAUCGGCGACUAUGUCAAGAAAAGGAUAACUGAGCUGGAAGGCUAUGAAGAAGCAGACACCACCAAUGAAACUAAUACAGUUUAUGAGACCCGGACUGGUGGUUCCGUGCAUUUGGACAAACCUCCACCUCUCCUUCCUACUCCAGCUAGGAAUGCUUUUCAGGGUCAAUCUAAAGCCUCCUUGCUUGGAACUAGGCCUUUAUCUGGUCUCCUCCCAACACCAGGAUUUGAGCAGGUAGACCCCACCAAGGACAAUGUUAAUGCUGCGCCUGAUAUUCUUGACAAGCCCCCUCCACUUCUGCCCACCCCUCUCAUGACUCCAUUGAUGGGUCACAGCAAGCCUGGACAUCUCCGAGAGAGAUCUAUAGCUGCCCUUCUUCCAACACCAGUUGGCGUGUCUGCACCAAAAGGCAAGCCACCCCCUCUCUUGGCCAUGGGUCCAAAGAGACCUGGUCUCCUUGGGUUUUCGCCACAUCUACAACCAAAACGUUCAUUACUUGGAGAAAAGCCUGGUCUUCUUCCAACACCUGAAUCUGCAGAGGGAAGUUGGGGCCCCCCCCAGUCCUCUCACUUGCAUCUCUCCCGGUCAGCCGCUGGUGUGGGAGCUGCUGUUCCAGGAAAUCAGUCGCAGCAUCAUUGGUCAUCAAAGCCGAAACCAUUGCUCAGUUAAGGACUGAACACUUCAUCCGUCCAAGAUGUAUUAUGCUCACUAUUGGCCCGAUUACCAAAAACUCGCCGCCAUGGAGAGAAAUCACGCAUUUUUUUUUUUUUUUUACAGUAUAUUGUAAUGUGUGUCUCUCCUUCAAAUCCAGCACCCUGGAUAGAACGUUAAAUGUCUCUCAAGCUAAAAAUUGCCUUUCUAAAAUUCUUUGAGAGACUUUUUAGAUAAUUUUGCCAGACUAGAGUUUUAGGGAACUGGGCCCUUUGUCAUAGUGAAGUGCAUAGUGCUCAAAAAAAAAAAAAAAACCACAUUCCUGUAGGAAAAUUUUAUAGUCUCAAGGAUGGCCUCUUCUUUUUUUUUUUUUUUUUUUUUUUUUAAUUUUUUUUUUAAUUUUAUUGAUGUAUCUUUACAAAGCCAGAGGGGCUAGCUACAUUUGGGUAUGAAAUGCAGUGCUAGUACCUCUGGCAGAAAAGUUUAAGUAUUGUAUUUAGAAAUUUGUCUUUUGUUUUUCUAAGUGAGAAGCAAAUAAAAUCCUUGUUUUACACAA